CAGAUGGAUCGGAACCUAUUUCUGCCAAUGCAUAGUCCUUGUUGGGAGAUCAUAUGCAUGAAGGCUUUUGAGGAAAAACGUUCCUCAGUGGUACCACACUUAGGACCUAAAAAGGUUCAUAAAAUAUUUGUGCACAGGUCCACAUCUGCCUCCCCAUGCAGAGCUCCAUGAAAUGAAUAAAGCACCACAGCCUAUAACAGGAUCCCCCUCCAACCCCCACCCUGCCCCCUCCCCUGGCCUUUCACAGCCCUCAUUCCCCCCUGGGCAGCCCCCUUCUGUCGUGUUUGCCACCCCACCGCCUCCACAAAUGAACCCAACACCACAACCCCGACAGUUUGCCCCAGGGCCCCGGCCUAUACACCAACAGCCCUAUUACACCAACAGGGCCAGCCUGCCUCCCAGCAGCGGGCCUCGGGGUGUCCCUCCCAGCAGUGGCCCGCGUCCUGUGACGCCGACCCAUGUCUACCAGGCAGGCCCUGGCUCCCAAAUGAUGAUGAUCCCUGGCCAACAGUUGCCCUUCCCCAGCUCGCCACAGGGACCCGCCUAUUUCAUACCGGGACAGUACCGGUCAGCAACCUAUGUGGCCACACCCCAGCAGUACCCAGUCCCAGCAGGCACCCCGGGCUUCUACCCAGGCACCAGCCCUGCUGAAUAUGGUACUUAUGCAGGGGCCUACUACCCCGCCCAGCCUCAGUUCACCCCCUCGGUGCAGGCGGCACCCGUCAUUAUGAACCCUGCCCCUCAACAGCAGCAACCACCACCUCAGCCUCCCCAGCACAUCCCCACCAAACGGGAACGUAAACAGAUCAGAAUAAGAGACCCUAACCAAGGAGGUCGAGACAUUACAGAGGAGAUUAUGUCAGGGGGCCGCAGUGGCUCCACCCCAACCCCACCACAGUCAGCAAUAUCUGGAACAGAAAGCACAGCAGUGGCUCAGGCCAACGGUGAGAGUGUCACAGCUGCUACACCAGCAGUGGUUAGACCAGAUGACAGAGGGAAACCUACUCCCCCUCCUCUGUCAAAGACCCCAGAACUUGCUAAGAGUGACCCCAACCCCACUGAGGCUAUCCCCUCUGACACGAACACUAAGCCCCCUUCACCCUCUCUAAUAUCAGAAGCAGAGAUCACCCCUCUUGACACUACUUCCACACUUGCACCCAGUGCUCCUGUUGCGGACGUGAUGGAUGCUCCCCCACCUCCUAGAGAACCCACCCCAACCCCCCAGUCUGCACCUGAGGUGCCCGCCUACCCAGCGCCCCUCCCUGACCCUGUCCCCACAUCUGCUGCACAAGACAAAGCAGACAAAAAAGCCCCAGUGGAGGCAGCGGAGGAGGUGGUGAAACUGGAGGAAGCUAAAGUAGAAGCUUCGGACACUCCCCUUGCACCUCCCUCCACCACUAAUGGUGUUGCAGAGGAGGAACCAGACAGGCUGUCGGUCAUGUUGCCACCCACUCACCUGGAGGCCCCUCUGGAGUCUCCCAUCGCACAGCCCGAGGAGCUACGCCUUCCCAAUGGCCUGCCGCUGCCGGCCCCUCAAGAUCCAGAGGUACCCACAGUUAAUACGUCUGAGCGUGACGACAGCCCCAUCGCUGAGCCUGACAUCAGCCAGCAGCCUAUCGUACAGUCCUCCACAGCCAUCAUUCAGGCGACGCCUACGCCGGUUGUACAAGCCACACCUGCACCCGUUGACCAGCCUGCAUCCACACCUGCUGUCCUGGAGAUUCCUGCUGAUCCAGUCGUCCAGGCAGCACCCACCCAGCCUGAUGUCCAAGACACGGUGUCUCCAGUCACCCAAGAUGUCAAAGAAGAUACCCCAGUGCCCCAGUCCGCCACCACAGAAGAGGAGCCAUCUCCUGCAGAGACGGUUUCCAUAGCUGACAGCGCUCCAGAAACAGUGCCCACUCCUCCCCCUCCCACAGCAGAGGAGAGGGAGGACACUCCUCCUCCCCAGACGGUCACCCCUGCCCUUGUAGAAACUACUAUGCAAGCUGCUGUGUCUGUGCCAAAGAAAAAGAGGAAGAUGAAGGAUCUUAACAAAAAGGAGGCAGUGGGAGACCUCCUGGAUGCCUUUAAAGAGGAGCAGGUAGUGGCCCCACCAGAGCCCGAGCCAGCCCCUGCCCAAGCACCAGAGACCCAACCCCCUGCAGCUUCCCCUCCUGCCCCAGAGGAGGCAGACCUAACUUGGGAGGACAAGGAGGACAAGCUGGACGCUGAGAACAUUCAGCCAGAUCCUCCAGAGCCGACCGACACUGACAAGAAAUACCAGUACAAAGAGGAACAAUGGAAGCCAAUCAACACAGAGGAAAAGAAGAAGUACGACAGAGAGUUUCUUCUGGGCUUCCAGUUCAUCUCGGCCAGCAUGAACAAGCCCGAGGGUCUACCAGCCAUCAGUGAUGUUGUCCUAGACAAGGCUAACAAGACCCCUCUGCGUCAACUGGACCCCAGUCGUCUACCAGGAAUGAACUGUGGCCCUGACUUUACACCCUCCUUCGCCAACCUUGGCAGGCCUGGCAUGGGAGGAGGAGGCAGGGGACCACCUCCAGGUAUGGGCAUCGGAGUUGGUGGUCCGCGUCGCUCUCAGCAGAUGCAGAGGAAAGAACCAAGGAAAAUCAUCACCAGCAUGUCACUCAGUGACGACGUGCAGCUGAACAAGGCAGAGAAGGCUUGGAAACCUUCAGCGAAGAAAGUUGUUCGCAACCGCGGACAAGAUGAGGAUGAGGAGAACGACGUGGAGCAAAUUAAGACCCAGGAGCUCUUUAAACGGGUUCGCAGCAUCCUGAACAAACUGACCCCCCAAAAGUUUCAACAGCUAAUGAAACAAGUGACGGAACUGACUAUUGACACUGAGGAGAGAUUGAAAGGAGUCAUAGAUCUUACCUUCGAAAAGGCCAUCUCCGAGCCAGACUUUUCGGUGGCCUAUGCCAACAUGUGCCGCUGCCUUAUGGGGCUUAAAGUCCCAACCACAGAUAAGCCGGGAGUCACUGUGAUUUUCCGCAAGCUGCUGCUAAAUCGAUGCCAGAAGGAGUUUGAGAAGGACAAAGAUGACGACGAGAUCUUUGAGAAGAAGCAGAAAGAGCUGGAGGCUGCCUCAGAGGAGGAGGAGAAGCAGCGGCUCCUUGAAGAGCUACAAGAUGCUAAAGACAAGGCCAGGAGGCGCUCACUGGGCAACAUCAAGUUCAUUGGUGAGCUGUUCAAGCUUAAAAUGCUCACAGAGGUCAUCAUGCAUGACUGCAUUGUAAAGCUGCUGAAAAACCACGAUGAGGAGUCCCUAGAGUGCCUGUGUAGACUGUUGUCCACCAUCGGCAAGGACCUAGACUUUGAGAAGGCCAAGCCUCGUAUGGACCAGUACUUCAAUCAGAUGGAGAAAAUCAUAAAGGAGAGGAAGACCACCUCCAGGAUCCGCUUCAUGUUGCAAGAUGUGCUGGACCUUCGACGGAACAACUGGGUUCCCCGACGAGGCGACCAGGGCCCCAAAACCAUCGACCAGAUCCACAAAGAGGCCGAACUGGAGGAGCACAGGGAGCAGAUGAAGGUGCAGCAAGCCCUCGUCUCCAAGAAGGAGUCAGGCGGAGGGCCUGGAGGCAGGAUGGGUGGGGGAGGUCAAGGGGGUCGUGGGGGCCCUCACACCCCAGGCCGUGGCGCUCCUCCCCAGGACGAGGGCUGGAAUACAGUGCCCAUCUCUAAGAACCGACCUAUUGACACUUCUCGCCUUAGCAAAAUCACAAAGACUCCUGUUCUUGACUUCAACAAUCAGUUGCUUGCCCCAGGAGGUAAAGGCACAUGGGGCAGCUGGGGCAAGGGCAGCAGCGGUGGCAGCAGCACCAAACCUGCAGAUUCUGGCUCAGAGGCAGGCGGGCGUCCAGCCACUAGCACUCUGAACAGGUUCUCGGCCUUACAGCAGCCCUCGUCCUCCUCAGGCUCUUCAAUGGACUCAGACAGACGAGUUCCUCAGAGAAACAGCUCGAGUCGAGAGCGCGGUGACAACUACGACCGCUCUAACCGCGGCGGCGACCGAUUCGAGAGACGGGACGAGCGACGGGACGAACGUGAUCAAAACCGGCUGCAGGUUACCAAGCGCAGCUUCAGCCGCGAAAACGAGGAACGGAGCCGGGAGAGGGAGCAGCGCGGAUCGGCUGAUCCUGUCCGCAGAGUAGCAAGCAUGACGGACGAAAGAGACAGAGGUAGCAGAGAGAGAGCCAGGAGCAAAGAGAAUGCGAAGCGAGAGACAGCUGCCACCCCCCCACCUGCCCAGACCUCCAACAAGCCUGCCUUGACUGAGGAAGAGCUGAACAAGAAGUCCACAGCCAUCAUUGAGGAGUACCUCCAUAUCAACGACAUGAAGGAGGCUCUGCAGUGUGUGCAGGAGAUGAACAACACUCAGCUGCUGUUUGUGUUUGUACGAAACGGGUUGGAGUCGACGCUGGAGCGCAGCACCAUCGCCAGGGAGCACAUGGGCCUGCUGCUGCACCAGCUCAUUAAGACCGGCAUCCUCCCAACACAGCAGUACUAUAAAGGGCUUCAGGAGAUCCUGGAGGUGGCUGAAGACAUGGCAAUAGACAUCCCCCACAUCUGGCUGUACCUGGCAGAAUUGAUCACUCCCCUGCUCCAUGAGGGAGGCAUUCCCAUGGGAGAACUCUUCAGGGAGGUUUCAAAGCCUUUGAUCCCUCUGGGUAAAGCUGGAGUCCUGCUGGUCGACAUCCUGACUUUACUCUGCAAAGGAAUGAGCCAUAAAAAGGCGGGUACAAUGUGGAGGGAGGCCGGCCUCCGGUGGAAAGACUUCCUCCCUGAGGACCAAGACGUCAACAAGUUUGUGACAGAAAAGGAUGUGGAGUUCACACUGGGUGACGAGUCAGAGAAGAGCAAAAAGAAGGAGCUGAGCUCUGCAGAGCUGACCAAACAGCUGGACAGGCUGAUCCAGGACAAGGCCGACAACCAGAGGAUCUUUGACUGGGUUGAGGCCAACCUCGAUGAGCAGCAGACCUCCUCCAACAUGUUUGUCAGAGCUCUGAUGACGUGCAUCUGCCAGUCAGCAGUCAUCUGUGAGAACCCCUACAAGGUGGAUGGUGAGCAGAUCAAACAGAGGGCCAAGCUGCUGCAGAAAUACCUGACGGAUGAACAGAAGGAGCUGCAGGCUCUGUAUGCCCUGCAGGCCCUAAUGGUGCAGAUGGAGCAACCUGCCAAUCUUCUGCGGAUGUUUUUCGACACUCUUUACGACGAGGAUGUCAUCAAAGAGGAGGCCUUCUACAAGUGGGAGUCUAGCAAAGACCCAGCUGAGCAGCAGGGCAAGGGCGUGGCCCUCAAGUCCGUCACCGCCUUCUUCACUUGGCUCCGCGAGGCCGAGGACGAGUCUGACAACAGCUAGGGCCCCCCGCGGACCGCUGGGAGAACUGGUUGGAGUUCAGAGAGGAUCCUCGGGGAGAGCGAAUGUUCUGGGGGCGAUUCAGACGACUCUGAAUCAGCAAAAUCCUUCUGCAUAAACAGAAAAAAGCGAGAAAAAAAUUCUUCAACUGGGAGAGAUUGUAUUACGGAUCGAACUUUCGAUCUUUUUCUUUUUUCUUUGUUUUCUUUUCUCUUUUUUUGUGUGUUUUGUUUUCGGGUUUCUUGUUUUUCCUUGCGCAACCGAAUGUCUUUUUUGAAGUAAGUGAAAAUACAAGAUUAAAUAGAGAGAAUAGAUAUGAGAGAGAGAGAGAAUGCUGAGAAGCGUUACAAGCCGUGGGAGGUAAUGCUGUUUCCUUCAGUGUUUUUUUGAGGUGUAUCUCCUGUUUUCAAGUGGCUUUUCCUCACCACGGCAACACUGUUCAAGACACUUUGCUUAAUGACAGAUAUAUAUAAAAAAAAACUUUAAAAGGCUGUUCACAUCUAUAUUUUUGAUGACUUCAUCUUUUGUCAUGUGGACACGACACAGCAACAUUGUCAUGUCACAUGUACGGUGUUUGAUCUACAUGACACGCUUAUGUAGACGACUAGCUUUUUGUUUUUUUUUUCUCUGGUGUUGGAUGAUUGGAGUGUGUGUUUUGUAAUAAAAUAGAAAACUACAAAGAAAAGUGGCGAGAGCUGUCUAACGGACAUUUUAGAUAGGACUUAAAGUAACGGUUGUGGACCCGAGGAUUUCACACAGACUUUAAGAGGACAGUGUCACUAUGGGCGAGGGGCGACGAACAUUGACCAUUUUGCUGCUGGGGGGUGACGACGCUUCCCUGACACCCCUCAACCCCUCCCCGAACCCCAGUAUACCCCUCCAGUGUGUCUCUCUCACUUGUUUCCUGCGCUUCAACAAAGAAACUGUGGACUGACAAGGGAGAGCAAGAGCGAGGGCUCACGGCUGCACCUUCCUACAAAGCCUGUUGUCGGAUUUUAAAAAGAUUAAAUAUUGUUAUUGAAACUUGAAAAAGGUAUACCGUCAAAAAAUCCACUUUCAUGAAAAAAGACUUUAAAAAUAGUUUAACAGUACGAAUCCUAAGGCCUUUUCUGCUUCCAGGAGUGGAAAUGCAUUUCAGGAGAGUUCUGUAAAUAUAUGACGGAUUGUUUAUUUUUUUUGUUUUGUUUUGUUUUGUUUUUCAAAGAUAAAAAAUGCUCUUUUCCCUGUAUUUAUAUUUUUCUCUCCUCAGCUGGCAGAAGGUGCUUGUAAUUAUCCAACCCAAGUCAUUGAUUACAAUUUAAUUGAAAAUUUGUAAAUAUUUUUUUGCUUUACUUUAUUAAGAAGAUAUUUAAUUAAAGAAAAUUAAUGCCUCUUUUCACAUCCAAAACUGGAAGAGAUAAUAAAGAUUGUUGCCAAUAAAAG